AUCAAGAGAUGACAAGGAGACAUGAUGAGUUUCUUAGCAUAGGAAAUUUGAGUGUUCGGUGUUGGGGAGAAAGGUCGUCGCCUAAAAGACGAGCAGGAACAGGCAGGGAGACCGACAGGUUGCCAAGUCAGCAAGUUGACGGACUCAUGAAUACGCUACAAAGGGAAAUGUAGAAAACAUCGUCAACAGGUGUUCGUGCUCGCACCAUCUCCUCGUCGUCGUCGGGCCCGACUCGCAUUUCGAUUCGAUCGCCUCGUCUUCUUCUGGUCCGUGCCAGCGUCCCAAAGAGCAGGGGAGGGCAGAGCAGAGCGUCUCGCCAUGGCGGCCAUGAAGGCAUUCUGGAACAGUCCCGUGGGACCGAAGACCACGCAUUUCUGGGGCCCCGUCGCCAACUGGGGAUUUGUCGCCGCUGGUCUGGCGGAUAUGAAGAAGCCACCGGAACUUCUUUCAGGCAACAUGACCGGCGCUAUGUGCGUCUACUCCGCCCUGUUCAUGAGGUUUGCGUGGAUGGUACAGCCUCGCAACUACUUGCUGCUCGCAUGCCAUGCUGCAAAUGAGUCUGUGCAACUCUAUCAGUUCAAUCGCUGGUACAAUGGCCCGGCUACACCCGUUGAAGCUAAAGACGAGUAGGGAACAUUUCAUGCAUCUUUUUGGUUGAUUUCAAGUUUCGGUGGAGAGAUACGAAAGAUGUGAAGGCAAGCUUCAACGAAGAUCCGGAGGCUUACUAUGAGUUAGAGAUUUGCAGCAUAGAAGAUGUUUUCACUACCAUUUUUUUAGAAUCAAUGCUCUCAGAAACAUUUUUUUUGAGUGAAAGUGACAAAUCGUCUGGCUGUACAGUACCCAAAUCGAGAAUAACGUUGGGAUAAAGGUCAUGGUUUGGCCCCCAGUCCUUCUCUCGCUGCUGCGAGUCAGUCCAUCAGCAUUUUGGUCUCCCGGUGAUUGUUAUUUCCUUGGAAUUUCCUUUUGAAUUUCCUUGGAAUCUUGCCCUGUAAAUUGAACGCUGUUUGUUACUUUGGAUAAUUCCAAUGCUCAGGGAUCCAACCUUUUCUUAAGUAUAGAUUGCCAGAUAAGCAAAGAUUGUCUACUUGGCAUGCAGUAAAAAACAAUGUAGUUCGGUUAUACAAGAAUUGUCGAUGGAUAAAUCAUAGGAUAAUCGAAAUUGCUCCAGAGAAAAUAUUGAAGUUUGAUCGGACCGGGUAACUUAGGUCGAGUACAACCCCGAAUUGUUGGAGAGAUGAAUAAAUAUCCAGAAGAA